UCUGUUUGAUCAUACUUACUGUCGUGUUGUCAACAAAGGUGCUGAGAUACUUGUUCAAUUUUACAAAAAAUCAUCAAUAAUUUAUAUAAUUAAUUGUAAAAUAUAAAAUGGCAAGAUAUGGUGAACAAGAUAUUCCUUGGGACCCACCUUCUCAAGGCCAAUAUAACUUUGAAGCUGCAGGAUUUGGUCAACCUAACCAACAGUUUGAUUUUCAAUCAUACACAGAUGAUCAAUCACCUGUAUAUUCUCCAUAUCCGCCAGGAAACUUUUUGGAUCCAACUAAAAAUGUAUAUACUGGUGAUAUGAUGUAUCCAGAUAAUGAUUAUGGAAAAACACCUGGAUUCAAUGAAGAAGAAGAUGAACCACCUUUAUUAGAAGAGCUUGGAAUAGAUCCAGAUAGAAUAAUACAGAAGACUUUAGCAGUAUUAAAUCCAUUUCAUAGACGCGGUCAAACAGAUGAUGCAAACUACUUAAUGCAAGAUUCGGAUUUAGCAGGACCAGUUGCUUUUUGUUUAGUCCUUGCAGCAUUUCUACUAUUAGCUGGAUCAAAAGCUCACUUUGGUUACGUUUACGGUCUCGCAUCUACAUCCUGUCUUUUAAUGUACGUGCUUCAAUACUUGAUGAGCACUACCGGAAAUGUUACUUUGUCUUCAGUCGCUUCUGUUUUGGGCUAUUGUCUACUCCCAGUGGUUGUCCUAGCAGGACUUAGUGUUUUCACAACUCUUAAAGGACCAGUAGGAACAGUUUUUGCAGUACUUGCUGUCGCAUGGGCUACUUUAUCAGCAUCAAGAUUAUUUUCUGCAAUGUCUGGAGAUGAAAAACAACGUUUACUUAUUGCAUAUCCUUGUCUUUUGCUUUACGGUGUAUUUACAUUAAUUGUCAUUUUCUAAGUAAUUUAUCUUAGGUUUUAUAUUUUGAAAAUCAAUGUAUCGUUAUUAUAAUAACUCAUUCAAUAUAU